AUGUUGUCUAGACUAUCACGCUCCUCUGUUCGACGCUCAUGCCUUACCAAGCUCGCAAAGUCAGGGACAAUCAACGUUCGUCGAGGUAUUGUGCAACCUUCUGGGUCAGAACAGGCUAGUGUCAUGGAUCUUCCUGCUACGUACAAAGAUGAAAGUCAUUUCGCGCCGAACUCAGAUGAUUUGGGAUUCAGCUUUAACAUCCCUCGUCAGGAAGAUGCUCUCACCGGCGCAACGAGACCUAUCUAUUUUGAUAAUCAAGCAACCACCCCCGUCGACCCGCGUGUUCUCGACGCUAUGCUCCCAUACAUGACAGAGAAAUUUGGCAAUCCUCACAGUCGAACUCAUUCUUACGGUUGGGAAGCAGAACAAGCCGUAGAAGACGCCAGAAAGCAUAUCGCAGACCUUAUUGGUGCCGACUCAAAGGACAUUGUAUUCACUUCUGGAGCAACAGAAACGAAUAAUAUGGCAAUCAAGGGUGUCGCUCGAUUCCACAAGGAGAAAAAGAGACAUGUUAUCACGGUGCAAACGGAACACAAGUGUGUUCUUGACUCGUGCCGCAAACUCGGAGAGGAGGGAUUUGAUAUUACCUACCUUCCGGUGCAACGGAAUGGUGUCAUCUCGUUGAACGACCUCGAGGCUGCCGUCCGCCCAGAUACAGCGAUUGUAUCAGUUAUGUCAGUCAAUAACGAGACCGGAGUUGUUCAGCCAAUCAAGGAGAUCGGGGCUCUACUUCGGAAGCAUCGUGGUAUUUAUUUCCACACAGAUGCAGCUCAAGCAGUCGGAAAAAUACCUAUUGACGUCAAUGAGAUGAACAUCGACUUGAUGAGUAUCUCAGGGCACAAGUUGUACGGACCGAAAGGUAUCGGAGCUGCGUAUGUCAGGAGGAGGCCGAGAGUGAGAUUGGAGCCUCUCAUCAGUGGUGGAGGGCAGGAGAGAGGUUUGAGGAGUGGUACAUUAGCACCUGCCUUGGCUGUAGGACUUGGAGAGGCUGCGCGUAUCGCUAAACAAGAGAUGGCGAGAGACAAAGCUCAUAUCCAGAAGCUCUCGCGAAGGUUGAUCGAGGGAAUCAACUCUCAAAUUGAUCAUGUCGUCCGCAACGGGGAUGAAGUUAACGGAUACCCUGGCUGUGUCAAUCUUAGUUUCGCGUACGUUGAGGGGGAGAGUCUCCUGAUGGCAUUAAAGGAUGCUGCUCUGUCAUCAGGUAGUGCAUGCACAUCCGCUUCGCUGGAGCCCUCUUAUGUGCUACGUGCUUUAGGUGCUGCGGACGAUAUGGCACACUCCUCGUUGCGAUUUGGUAUGGGUCGUUUCACCACCGAGGCGGAAAUCGAUUUCAUAGUCAAGAAUAUCGUUGGCACCGUUCAUCGCUUACGGGAGAUGAGCCCGUUAUGGGAGAUGGUUCAAGAGGGUAUCGAUAUCAAUUCCAUUGAUUGGUCUCAAUCGCAACACUGA